AUGAUAGAGAAUACUAAUAAAGUAUUUUUAGUUAUAGGUGAAACUGGUUCAGGAAAGUCAACUUUUAUUAAUACAAUCGGAAAUUACUUUAAUGGAGGUAGUUUAGAAAACUUAAAAGUUUUCAUCCCCAAUGAAUUGUAUGCUCAGAAUUGUAGUACAGAAUUAGUUCCUUCUGAGGUGCCAAUUAGUCAAGGUAGAUCAACUAAACAUUUUCAGAUUUACACGUUCUUUGAUAAGGAUGGCAGUCAAAAUCUUAGCUUUAUUGACACUCCCGGAUUUGGAAGUUUACUGAUGCCCAACAAUGCUCUCCAACAAGUGAUUUUGGAUGCUGUUCGUACUCAUGAACGUGACUUGUGUGGAAUCAUCUACAUCUUUAGUAGUACAUUGGAUAGAGGUAACAAGAUCAUUCCAAAUAUGGUAUCUUUCCUAAAGAACUCCUUGCCAGAGUAUCUCCAUAUCAACUCUCUUCAUAUCUAUACCAAAUCCUAUGAGACUGUUAAUGAUUUCCGUCAACUCGGUAUUCAAAGCAAGACUCCAUCCAAUAUCAAUAUGCAAAACUCUGCAUUCCACGGAAAAGGUUCUAAAUCAGACUGGAAGAAUUCAAUGGAGAUCAUUUCCGAAGAGAUCUUGCCUGUUCUCAGAGAUAUUAAAAAACCCAACAAAAUCAUAAAAGAGACAUCAAUGCUCUCUGUAAGCUCCAAAUACAAUUCAAUUUCAUCCAAUCAGUUUAGAACACUAAUUCAAACAUGCCUUUCUGAAUCCUAUGACCCAAACACCAAGAUACUCCUUCUUGCAGAUAUCACUCUUAGACUUUCAACAGUUAAAUCGAUCUUAGAACAGAAAUAUAUGAAUGGAGUCAUCAGUUGUAUCUAUUUGUUUGCUUUUGAAAAGAUGAUUUUUGAUGUCGAUAAAUUUUCUUUGCCAUCAAAGAAUGUAAUUGUGCUCACACCUGAUCAUGACAAUUCACUUGGAUCAAGCUUUGGUAUUGUGGUUACUCCUAUCUUUUAUUUGGUUGACAGUGAAACAAAGACCAAAUCAGACUUUAUAUUUCAGAAUCUCUAUACUCCCAAGCCCGAAAGUUCACUCUAUCCUUUUGUUUUGUUGAAGAAUACUUUUACUCCAACUAAUUCUGUUGGCUCUGUUUUGGAUAUGUAUUCUUCUGAAGCAUUUAAACUAAGAGAUUAUAUUGGUGAACCUAUUGUAACUCAUCGUUUCAUCAAUUCAUUCUACACUGGUCUCUUUAAUUCAUUGAAAUUGGAAAACGGAUAUACUCUCGAUUCAAUGUUCAAAAGGUAUAAAGAGAUUGAUACUAAUCAGUUGGUUGAUAAUCCAAGCUCGAUGGUAGAAUCAUACACUGUAUUCUAUGAUUUUAUUAACGUGUUCCAAAUGUCUAAGAGUAUUCCAUCGAAUGAUCAAAAGAUUUCUUUGCUCUAUUCUUGCACUCAGAGUAAAAUUACACAACUUCAAUCUUUUAUCAAACCACCUCCACCUAUCAACAAUAUCAAACUUUUCAUGGAUGAAGUAGUUGCCAGUGGAAUGAAAGAUAUUCAAGAAGCUGAACAUCAAAGAAUGGUUUCUCUUUGUAAGAAUGAAUAUGAAGGAUCUUUGAAGGAGAAGAUUGCAGAGUGUAGAGAUUAUCUUGAAAGAAUCAAUUUAUUGAUCAACAAUUCAUCAAGUUCAUUUACGGAUACCAUUUCUUCAGUUAAAGAUGAAAUCAAUUCAAUGAUUAAAUCUUCAAAGAAAGACAUUGAAAAACUGGAACAAUCCAAAAAGAAAUGUAAAUUCAAUCUUUUCAAAUCAAGUGUCUUGAUUGGUUUAAAUUUGGUGUUGUUUGCAGGUUGCAAUGUCAUUCCUUUUGGUAGAUCAGGUAUCACUCUCAUUGAAAAGUCAAUGAAUUUCAUUCAAGAUCCAAACAUGAAGGAAAUGGGAAAUGUCCUUAAAGUCUUGGAGAAGAUCGAUGUUGAAGCUGAUCCAAUCAGGAAGAAAAUAUUAAAUAUAGAAGAUAAGAAAGAAGAGAAAAAGGAAGGUGCAAAAGACGGUAAAGAUGAUGGAAAAGGAAAAGAUAAAGUAAAAGAUGAUAAAAAUGGAAAGGAGGGUUCAAAGGAUAAAGGAAAAGAAGGAGAGGAACCAAAAGAAAAAUCAUCAAUUAAGAAGGUUCAAGGUCAUCUCAAGAAUAUCAUGCCUAUUUUUGAACAAGUUGAACAAAUGGUUAAGAAUUGGAAUGAAAUGGAAAAGAUUGUUGAAAAGAUAGAUAAACUUAAAGAAGCUAUUGAAAAACUAACUGCUACAAUCGAGCAAACUCUUCCAAAGUUCUCAGAGAACCUCAUGAAAGUACUUAGUCAGUUGAGUCAGAGACAAAAGGAACUUUCCAAUUCAUCAGCAACCUCAAGAAAGUAUCAAGUGAUUGAAUUAUCUGAGCGAUACAAACAGAAUCUCAAGUACAUUGGAGAAGUACUAAAAUUCUUACCAAACAAAGAAGGUUAUGAAAGUUUUGUUCAGAUCUUUGAGGAGUUGAAAUUGUAUCUAAAUGUCUCUAUGGAUAUCAAUGACAAGAUCGAAGACUAUAAAGAUCACAUCCAAAUGAUUGGAUACAUGGCAAACAUUUCAACUAAAUCACCUUCAUUAGCAAAUGAUCAACUGAGUCUGGAGCUUAUCACUCAGACCAAGUUGCAUUUGGUCAUGGAGAAAUAUCAUCAAGGCACCAAAGGAUUCCUACAAUGUAUGUUCCCAUUCGGUUUGGAGGUGAUCUCUGCUUUCCAAUAUUCCAAUAAUUACUCUUCUCAAGGACAAGGUAUCAUCCAGGCAAUGAAAGAUGAUAUCAAAUCGAUCCAGAAAUACAUUAAUAUUGGUCUAAGUCAAAUCAACAGAAACAUCACAGACAAUGUAUUGAAACGUCAAUUCGAUAGUAAUACACCAUUCUACAAAUGGACCAAAGCAAAUCAUAAAGGAUUUAUCAAUAGAAUACAAGUGUUGUUUGCUGGCGAAGCCGUCACUUUCUAUGCGGAUAUCGAUAGAGUUCCACAAAUGUAUUCAGCAACUAAAUUCCAAACUAUCAAGCUACACAUCGGUCAUCCAGAUCCAAAAGUAAACGAAACAAUACAGAAAUCGAUAUCUCAACUGUUCUUUGAGCUAACUCAUUCUGGAAAAUCGUACUACCAGUUCAAUCAAACGAAAUUCCUGAUGGUCAAUGAUUACUGUACAUUUAAAUAUCAAUUGUCAUCGAAUGACAAGGUUUUGGUGAUGAACAGUACCAUGGAACUUCUUGCUCAGAGCGAACCUAUUCUUAGUCCAUACACAUACUGGACAUUCAAAAUUAGAGGUAUCAAAGAACACCUUGGCCGAUUGCUCGGUCCCAACGAUUUUAUAAACUUGGAACUUUCAUUGAUUGGAUUGGGUCAGUUUGUAGAUAGUGAGAAAUAUGUUUAUGAUAAAACAAACUUUGAUAAACUUUAUUCAAAUUAUAUUGUAAUAGAAUAA